AAAAAGAACUUUGUAAUUCGGCAUUUUUAUUACAUUAUGAUCAAUACAAGGAUAAAAUUUUAGAUGAUGGUAGAAUUGAAACUAUUUUUGUAAACCAUGUUGUGAAUAAUCUAGUUAAAGGAUUAAGCGAUGAUUUAAUGGUAUUAAGAACGUAUAAGUUGGAAGGUUCAGAUUAUGAUAGUAAUGUGAAAGUAAUAGAAAAUUCUGUGGUUGAGAAACCGGAACCUUUUGUGGUUUAUGUGGUUAAUGAUGAUAGUAUUGUUAACGCUUUGUCAUUUGGCGUGUCAAGAAAGAUUCUUAUCUUUACUGGAAUGCUAAAGGCAAUUAAUUAUGAUGAGGAAUUUAUUUCGGUAAUUCUGUCUCAUGAGAUAGGACAUGUUUUACAGAGACACUCAGGCGAAACACUUGGGUUUAAUCAAAUGAUGUAUAUCUUAUCAGACACGCUUCGUACUUUAUUAUGGUUUCCAUUUUUGGCAGCACUAGGUCCCUUUAUUAAUGAGUAUAUAAAUGUUAUGGCGCAAAACUUAAUAACAGCAUACGGAGCAACGAAAUACAAUCAAAAGGAAGAAAAAGAAGCAGAUUUUGUAGGUUUACAAUUAAUGGCUUUAUCGGGUUAUCAUCCCGGAAAAGCUGUAGAAUUAUGGUCUUACUUAGCAAUUAAUAAAGAUCAAAUGGCUCUAGAAGAUUUACCAGAGAUUUAUUCUUCACACCCGAGUGAAUAUACUAGGGCACAAUAUCUAUCUGAAGUGUUACCCGAUGCCCACAAGAUUUAUGAGGAAGUAAUUAAGAACAAAGGGAAAGCUAUACCUUUUAAUUUUAAAGAAAUCAUGGAUAAACCUAAUGAAACAGUUCAAAAUAGGCCAUGGUUUACAAUUAAAUUGUUUUAA